UAUUGUUUCUCCGUGGAAUUGAGCCAUGUUUUCUUUCCUGGUAUGAACAUUUAAGAAUAUGUAAUGAUAGAUAACGACCUGGUUAAAUAUAACAAACGCUUUGGUUCGUACUGGCUUGCUUCCUUCCCUUAAUGUCUGGACAGUUUUGACGGAAUUUCCGUCUUGCUGUUUAACUUGACCUAAGUCGCUCCAACAGAAUGGAAGGCUUUGGUCGCCCGAGCCGGAGGAAACAAUUGCGUGUGAUUUAAUUUGCAGAGCGGACAAUUGUCCAGGCCUUCCUGCUUCCGAAUGACGGCGAGCCGCUUCCGAACUUGUGUUUAGCCUUUGCAGCGUUUGACUUCGAACACGUUGGCCGCCGCCGGUGACGGUGGCUGGCCUUGUUUAUGCUGCGCUUCGGAUCAGCCAAGCAGGCCUCCGCUCCGGUCUGAUGCCAGUUUAACGCCUCCGCUGGUUUGUUCCCAUCGGCCCAUUAGCUCACCAAAAAAUAUGAGCCAGGUGCAACAAUGACAUCGAGAUUUGGUAAAACCUACAGCCGCAAGGGGGGACAGGGCACGUCCAAGUUUGACGAAGUGCUGUCCACCAAGAGGGGCACCCUGAGCACAAAAUGGGGCGACACCACCUUCAAGGCCAAAGUGGGCUCCAAGCGCGCCGGCGCGCCAAAGGGCUCUUUGUCUCCGGUUGCUCACAAGCGAGGCCGACUCGGCGGGGACGGCUCGGACGACCCCUUUGGCUUUGAUAGUGACGACGAGUCCAAGCCGGUGUCCUCUCGUGGAGGCGGCAAGUCGUCGCCCGCCAAGGCGGAAGCCCCUCGGGUGGAGACAGUAGGGCUCAAGCCGGACUCCAGAAACCUGACCAGCUUCCGCGAAGAAGUACGCGCCUCCACGCUGGAGCCGUCAUGGCCGCAGCGUCGUGCUCCCUUCUUUGACAGCAACCAUGCUGGCCAAGCAGAAAAAGCGGAAAGCUCCUCGCCGUUUUGGGAGAAGCAGCACAGCUACGCCUGGUACCAGAACGCCUCAGACAGCGACCGGAAGCCUUGGGCGCAGACGGCCACACUGAAGACCUCCACCUCCAUGCACAACAUCACCAAUCAGGCGGGCGACGUGAAGGCAUGGACCGGUGAAGCCGCUCCCGCCAGCUCAACUAGCGCAGCUAGCUUUAGCGGCGCCGCCGAGCGGCCUGGUGCCGCGUGGCAGCGAAAGAGGGCCGCCGAGCAACCGUGCGACAGUCAAAACCGGUCCUCGUCAAAGAAGGGAACCAACACGGACCUGUAUAACUUUGACAAAGUCGUCGCCCAUCAGGAAAGCCGCGACAAUGACGACGGCUCAGCCAAGUACAAACUCCGAUACUUUGGUUUCGACGACACGAGCGACGACAGAGACGACAGCGACAAGAAUUGUGGGCCCCGAGUCACGAUGUGCCUGAAGACGGCCGCGGUCGCCGAGGAAACGCGGCCCGUGGACGUCGAGCCCGUCGGGAGCCUCCCUGCACUUGCCGGACGGGCUACUAAGCGGAGGAAAGAGCGGAGGCGGGGCGGCGCCUCCCGAUCAGAGUGGGGCACUUGCUUGCCGGAUGGCGUCGCCACCACUGAUGUGUUUAGUAUCUCCGGAGACGAUAGCGAGACGGCGGCCGCCGGCCCUGGAAGCCCCCCACACAGCAAGCCUGCCGACAAGAACCACGACACCUGCCGGAGGAUCUUCAGUGCGCAGAAGAAGUCUCCCACCAAAGCAGUGUACAACGCUCGCCACUGGACGUUGGAGAGCCAAGAGGAACCCAUUCCGUCCUUCAUGUACCGCCCGCCGGCGAAUCCCUCGCCGCAGCCGUCAGGAGGAGCAUCUGCCCACCAGGUGUCGGAAGCGCGCACAGACAACGGCGUGGUCUUCAAGGCGCCUCCUCCUCCCAAGGUCACCAAAUGCGUCCACAUCCCCACUGACCCCUACCAGGACAACGUCAUUGCCCUCAAGUGUCGCAAGGAGCACAAGGAGCUGUACACGGUGGUCCAGCAUGUGAAGCACUUCAACGACGUGGUGGAUUUUGGCGAGAACCAGGAGUUCAUUGACGACUUUGAGUAUCUGGCCGCUGGCCUGAAGAGCGGCCAACCGCUGUACACACGCUGCCUCAGUGUGAUUGGCCUGGCGACGCGCUGCGCCAUGCCCAGCUUCCGGAUGCACCUCAGGGCGGGAGGAAAGGUGGCGCAGGUCUUCAAGACGCUCAGCGACGCCCCCCAGCACCAGAACCUGGCCAUGUGCACCGCCUCCCUCAUGUACAUCCUCAGCCGCGACCGACUCAACAUGGACCUGGACCCCUCGUCCCUGGACCUGAUGAUCCGGCUGCUGGAGCUGGAGCCGAACCACGGCGGCUGCGACGACUCUGCGUCCCAGCUGAGCGCCAGGGAGAUCUGCAAGAUGAAGGAAAAGAUCCGCAAGCUCUGCGACACGGUGCACAACAAGCAUCUAGACCUGCAGAACAUCACGACGGGUCACCUGGCCAUGGAGACGCUGCUCUCGUUGACGUCCAAGCGGGCGGGCGACUGGUUCAAAGAGGAGCUGCGACUCCUGGGGGGCCUGGACCACGUGGUGGACAAAGUGAAGGAGUGUGUGGACAACAUGAAAGCGGAGGACGACGAGGACAAGCUGGUGUCGUCAUUGUGGGGAGCUGAGCGAUGUCUUCAUGUGCUGGAUAGUGUGACGGUGCACCACGUGGAGAAUAGUACCUACUUGAUCGCCUACAAAGACUCAACACUCAUCGUGUCCUGUGCCAAGGCGCUCCGGCACUGCGAGGCCAUGAUCCAGCGCUACAGCAGGGAGCUCGGCGGUGAACAGAGCGCCGGCGGUGGGCCGCUGCUGGCCAAAGCGGUGGAGAACUGCAUGAGGGCCACCAUCGUCGUUCUGCUCAACCUGACGCAAGACAACGAGUGGGGCAGCACCAAGACGGGCGAGCAGGACGGCCUGAUUGUGACGGCACUCAACUGCGUCCUCAGAAUUCCUCAGUACUUUCCUCAGGAGAAGCGCUUCGACAUGCGUGUUCUGGGCCUGGGCCUACUGAUCAACUUGGUGGAGUACAGCGCCAGGAACUGCUACUGCUUGACGGAAAUGGAGACGGAGGGGGGUCAGGGUCCCUGCGACUCUACCGUGCUCCUCCCACCGAACCAGCAGGACCUCGUCAUCGGCGACGGUCAACUGAGCGCUGUCGUUGCGCUUGUGCGGUUGUUCGUGCAAAGGGAGCGAGCUGCCGCCCUGGCUGAGGCGCAGACGGACGACCUCAUCAAGGAGCCGGUCAAGCCAGCCGACAAGAGCGGCGAGUGGCGGGAAACGGGUGGCGAGAUCCAGUGGGUGGCCAACGAGGACGUCAGGGAGGAGGAUAAGGACGACAAGAAGAAGGAGGAGGAGGAGCAAAACGGCGAGCUGGACCUCAGCAAAGCUCUGCAGCACGCGGGCAAGCACAUGGAGGACACCAUGGUGGCCUCGUACACGGCUCUGCUGCUGGGCUGCCUCUGCAAAGGAAGCCCCAUGAAUGUGACUACUGUGAGAGAGAACCUGCCUCAGGGGGAUUUCUCCAUCAUGACGGAGCUCCUCAGGAAGUUCCUCAACUUCAUGAGCCUCACAUGUGACAUCGGCACCACUGGACACAAGUCCAUCUCCAAAGUCAUCGACUAUCUGGAGCACUGCUAGACGCACAUGCACACACACGGUUGACCUCCAGUCAGUAUUUCCACUCCUCUACAGUUUGCCCCCUCAUCUCCUCUUUUGUGUGCGGUCUGUGUAUCGUUUGUCAUCUGGAUCCCUGCCGUUUUGGGUUCACCUAUUGCCAGAGCACUUGAACAUGCUUCCUCUCAGUUGCGACGUUUCAUUAGUACACACACACACACACACACACACACACACACACACACACACACACACACACACACAAGCACAGCCAAACGUUUACAAGAGCUUUAUGGAGGAGCGUGGAGGAUGUUUGUGUACAUAAGUUGGCAGUGCAUGAUGGGAAGCGGGUGGGCGAGGAGGCUCGGACUACAUUUUGCAAGUUUUUACAGCCCUUUGUUUUUUUUUUUGCGCCUCUUUCUCUCUCCCUGCGUGUUGAAAGCUUGUUAACGGGGCGCCUGCGUUUGUAUGGCUCUUUGCUUACGUGUACAUACUUUGAGAAGAAUAAAAAUUGUUACUUUUAA